AUGACGGUGGUGGAAAAUCGACAUGCGGACAGUGAGGUCGCUGCUCCUCCCAAGCAUCAGCUUCUUCCAGUCAAGUGGUAUCGUUCCACAUUCUUCAACAUCACGGUUCUUGGCUUGUGUAACUUGUCUGCCCCGGGUAUCUGGGUAGCCAUGAACUCGCUUGGUGCCGGUGGUGCAGCUUCGCCUAAGCUCAUCAACGCUGCCAAUGCCUUGACAUUCUGUCUCAUGGUGGUGUCUUGUUACUUCUCGAGUACUCUGGUUCGAUAUAUCGGCAUCAAGGGUGCUCUGAUCUUUGGAACUCUUGGAUAUGCACCUUAUGCAGCAGGCCUUUACACCAACAACCGCUUCGGAACAGAAUGGCUCGUUCUCGUCGGUGCUGCUCUCUGUGGUAUCUCAGCUGGUGUCUUCUGGAUGGCCGAGGCCGCUAUCGCCAUCGCAUAUCCUGAGCCUUGGAACCGUGGUAAAGCUCUAGGUUACUGGCUUACCUACCGUCUAUCUGGCCAGAUCCUCGGUGGUGCCAUCAAUCUUGGUCUAAAUGCCGACCGCAACGAGGCUGGAAAGGUCUCUUACACUGUUUACCUCAUCUUCAUUGCUCUCCAAGCUGUUGGUCCUUUCGUUGCUCUGUUGCUCAGCAAGCCGCAUCAGGUUCAAAGGAAAGAUGGCGUCACGGUCAAGUUGGAGAUUGACAAGCUUCCUAGCUUCGAGCUGAAGGAGACGGCCAGACUCUUCUUCACGAAGAAGUUCCUUCUGGUCGUUCUGUUCAUCGGACAGGCUGUGUUUGCGGAAGCCGUAUUCUUCACUUACCUUUCCUUAUGGUUUACUGUUCGAUCCCGUGCUCUUGGAUCUUUCUUGGGCGGCAUCGUUGCCGUCACCGCUGGUAAUGUUCUGGGUGUUUGGCUCGACCGUACCAAGGUUUCUCUACGAUUCCGUACCAGAUCUUCUUUCGCCUUUCUUGCUACUCUCCAAGGCGCUUGUUGGAUCUGGGUCACAGUCUUGGUUACCAGGUUCCGUGAGACAAGGCCAACCUACGAUUGGGUUGAUUCGGGAUUCGGCCAUUCAUUCGCCAUCUUCUUGUUACUCACAUUGUCAUUCCAGCUAAACUACCUCUUCCUCUACUUCGUUAUUCAUCAUCUCGCCGACACUCAAGACGAGAUCAUUCGGUUCUCUGCCCUCCUCCGAGGUACUGAAUCCGCCUGGCAAGCUGUCAGCUACGGCAUUACUUCCUUGCCUCUCUUCGCUGAGGUCGGUGGCGUUUACUUCAACUUCGCACUUUGGGGUCUUUCUAUCUUCCCUGCUUGGUUGGUUCUCAAGGAUUUCGGUUCUCGUCCUGCUGCUUCUCUUGAGAGCCCCAUCCAGGAGGUUGAUAGUCAGACCUAUGGGUCCAACUCCGGCGAGGACAGUGAUAUCAAGAAGCAAUAGACAGUGACGGGCUUAUUCAUGGACUCUUCGGAGGUAUCAGAGAGGGAAUGGCUCAAGAGCGUCGUGAACUUAGAGAUUUUAUAGAUAUUAAAUCUAGAAUAUUUAUAUGAAAGUUGUUGAA